GGAAACAGUUUUACGGAGAGUCGCGUUCCAAGCGUACACGCAAUUCAAAUCAAGCGGACACAGCUCAGUUGUGAAUGGAAGAAGAGCCUUUCCACUAUCAGAUAAUGCCACUCCACAAAAUAAACGGCAAAUAGUGUUUACCUUAAAGCUUAAAUUUUGGUACUCAAGAAUUGAAUCUAAAAGUGAAGAGAAAUUACUGGUACUGUACCCAUAACUUCCAAUUAAAAUUCAAAUAAAAUACUUGGAAAUUAAAUGGUUUUAAGUGAGAUGCAAUCAUAAAACAUUGUUUAUAGGUACACAAUCCUUAAAGCCCUCAAAGAAGCCGGAAAUAAUGAAGUGAACUCAACACAAAAUCCACCUUAGUCGAAAAUAAAAAUAUAAAAUAAGUAUGACGCGAAACGGAUUCAAGCAGCAGCUGUUCCUGCUGCUCGCAGUUUUUCUCCACUGUGGAUCCACGCAGAAUAGCAGCUUGAGGAUAAACACGAAUGUGAAGGAGAUUGAUGCAACGGCCAUUGCCCUGCCGUCUAUCCAGGGACCCGGUAAUAUUUGCAUACGCGAGGAGCCGUACGUGGAGCACAUCCAGGUUCCGGAGAUGCAGCCGGUGCGCGUGCGCACCUCCAGCUGGUGCAUGGAGAUUCCUCCGCGCUGCUCCACAUAUAAGACGGAAAUGCGCGAAGUGAUGAAGGUUCAGAAAUUGAACAAGACGCGAACGGUUCGGUUCUGCUGCCAGGGCUACGAGGGAAACCUGUCCGAUAGCCAGGCAACAUGCAAGCCCAUCUGCAGAGGCGGCUGUGGGCGUGGAAGCUGUGUGAUGCCCGAAUCCUGCAGCUGCGAGGAGGGCUACAUCGGAAAGCACUGCACGCAGCGCUGCGACCACGAUCGCUGGGGCCUCGACUGCAAGAACCUCUGCCAGUGCCAGAAUGGGGCGGCCUGCGACAACAAGUCGGGCAUCUGCCACUGCAUCGCCGGUUGGACAGGUCAAUUCUGCGAGCAGACGUGUCCGCCGGGAACCCAUGGCAUUAUGUGCCGCAAGGCUUGUGACUGCGAUGAGAAGCCCUGCCACCACCAGACCGGAGCCUGCAUAGUGCAGGAGCGUCCGCUGGAGCUGAAUGUGAGCCACGUUAUCGUGGAGACAGUAAACUCCACGCUGGAGAAAAUGGGCAUUAUACCACGGCCAGUCACGCCCAGUCCCCUGCCCGACGUCAUAGUGAUCAAGCAGUCGCCCUCCCAGAACCCUGGCCAGCUCACACCCAAGAUUAUUUUGCAUCAGUCGAGCAGUGAUCUUCUUGAGAAUCUCCACUCGGCUGCAGCUGCUGGCGUCCCGGCGCCCGAGGUCAUUCAUGUCAUCACCAACGGCGUCACGUCCCCACAGGAGCACUUGGCCGGCUUCAUCGCUGGCGAGGGGAACAUCAGCCAGAGUGCGAGCGACCAGCAAUCGGGCCUGGUGGCCACAUUGAUCGGCAUCAUGCUGCUCCUGCUCAUUGCGAUAGCUGUCGGCUCCUUGUACGUCUACCGCCGCUACCACCGCAAGGAGGCGACCGUCUACAAUGCCAAUGGCACUGUGGCCACACAGCCCUCCAAUCCGGAGGUGGUGCUCACCGAAGCUGUCGCCCUGGGCAAGAACUUCCACGAGCCGCUGCCCGAGCCCCCAGUUGUCUCUGCGAAAAGAGCCCAUACGAACGAUGCGCCUGCGGAAUUAUAUGACACGCCCAGCAAUAACUCGUCGAUAAAAACAGCGCCCUACGCCUACGCUAGGAAAGAAUCUCUCUACUCCAUCGUCACGCCCAAGUCGCGCAAGGGCAGUCUGGACUCGCAUCUCUAUGACGAGAUACGCUAUCAUCAGCAGCAGCAGCAGCAGCAGCAUAAUCUUCAUCAGCAUCAUCACCAGCAUCCGCAUCCGCAUCCGCCGAGCCGAGGUCAUCCACAGAACUUUCAGCACGCCACAACUGCAGCGGCCUACUUGCCGGCCCAAACGUCUGCGAUGGCAGUCAACGACCAUUCCACCAGCACUCACCACCAUCACACCCACCAUCGACCGCACCACGUCAGCCACUUGAUAAUUCCGCCCCAAAACUCCAACUUCCUGCAGGUGCCCGCACCCAUCACAGCCAAGCGGAUAGCUCACCUGUAAGGCGGCAGCAGGACAGCAGGGCACACCAGGAUAAUAACCACACCAUAUCUAGCUUGUAGCUCUACUCGACUCGAAUAAUUCCAUUGCCUGCUCAUUCUCUCAUCUACAAUUAUGCCUAUGAUUUAAUAUGCACGAGUAUGUACGACACUUUGAAUAUACAUACAUAUAUGUACUAUAAU